GCGUCGCGUGUGCGCUCAAGGGCAAAGAGAGAGAGAGAAAGAGAGAGAGAGAGAGUUUGGCUUUGGUGCAAACAAUGCACGGACAAACAACACCGAAGCAGUGAGAGGUUUUUUAGGAUAAAAAAAUUGGGAUGAAGAGAGAGAGGAGAGAGAGAAAGAGAUAGACUGAUAUAGUGUGAGUGAGUGGGAGUUUUCAUCAGAGACCUCUCUCUUUGUCUCUGCUCAGAUCUUCCAAAAUCCACACACAGGUUGAGGAGAAAAAGGAAGAGGAGGAAGAAGAAAAGAAGAAACUCGUUCCGCAAAGCAAUGCCUGCAAUGCCCAAAAUCCGAUGCUUCAAUUUUGACGUUUCUUUCAGUUUCAUGCAAUAAAUACAGCAAAAAAGGAAAAAAAGAAAAAGAAAAGGCCGAGCCAAGCCCUAAAAGUUGCUCAAAAUUACAGCACCUGUUGCAGAGAAGUUUGCAGGUGCUUUUUCUUUUUCUUUUUCUAUUUUCGGCAAAAAACACAGCGGCUUCUUCCUCAAGACGACGGCGAAGAACUUUGAAAUGCACUCUCAAUUGUUCUAAAGCUCCGAAACCUGAAGAUCUCCAAUGGAAAUGCGUUUUCGUUUCUGAAAACCCAGUAAAUUUCACUGAGAUUUCAAUUUUCAGAGUAAUUGCUUGCUUUAGAACUUCAAAUUUGGUUCAUAUCUCGUUGAUUAAAGUCAAACCGAAGUGAUUAUGGUGAAAUGCAAUCUGUAGCUGUGAGCCUGUGAGGUGUUAGUUUACACAAGUCGAGCUUGGUCCAUUUUGAGAGGAAAAAAUGGCGUCGUCGUGGGACCACUUCGGAGAAAUUGCAAAUGUGGCUCAGUUGACCGGCCUCGACGCCGUGAGGCUGAUCGGAAUGAUUGUGAAGGCGGCGAGCACGGCGCGAAUGCACAAGAAAAAUUGCAGGCAAUUUGCGCUGCAUCUGAAGCUGAUCGGGAACUUAUUGGAGCAGCUCAAGAUCUCGGAGCUUAAGAGGUACCCGGAGACGCGCGAGCCCCUUGAGCAGCUCGAGGAUGCUCUGAGAAGGUCAUACAUUUUGGUCAAUAGCUGCCAAGACCGGAGCUAUCUGUAUUUGCUUGCAAUGGGAUGGAACAUUGUGUAUCAGUUCAGGAAGGCUCAGAAUGAAAUUGAUAGAUACUUGAAGCUUGUGCCUCUGAUUACUCUGGUGGACAAUGCUCGAGUCAGGGAGAGACUGGAAGACAUUGAAAAGGAUCAACGUGAGUACACAUUGGAUGAAGAGGACAGAAAGGUACAGGAUGUGAUCCUUAAACCGGACCCCUCGAAAAAUGACACUGUAGUGCUGAAGAAAACACUUUCUUGCUCCUAUCCAAACUUGGGUUUUAAUGAGGCGCUCCAAAAGGAAAAUGAAAAGCUUCAACUUGAACUACAGCGGUCCCAAUCUAUUUAUGAUGUGAGUCAAUGUGAAGUAAUUCAGCGUUUGCUAGAAGUGACAGAGACUGUCGCUUCAAAGUCUUCCCCCGAAAAAAAUAAUAAGAAAAUAGAGCGGAAUUAUUCAGAUGCCAAUAGUGAGAAAGAACCUUCAUCUAAUGAAAGCUAUCAGAAAAGUGAAUCUCGCAAAAUUUCAAGAAACACAUCUUCAGUUUCUUCUGGACAUGAUUUGCUGUCAACUAGAGGUUCACAUCGCCAUGAAGAAUGGAAUACUGAUCUACUUGGAUGUUGCUCAGAACCGUCUCUGUGUAUAAAGACAUUCUUCUAUCCUUGUGGGACGUUUUCUAAAAUUGCUUCUGUGGCAACUAACAGGCAUAUGUCUUCAGCAGAAGCAUGUAAUGAAUUGAUGGCUUAUUCGUUAGUAUUGUCUUGCUGUUGCUAUACAUGCUGCAUUCGAAGGAAACUUCGCAAGACGUUGAAUAUCUCGGGAGGCUUCAUUGAUGACUUCCUUUCACAUUUUAUGUGUUGCUGCUGUGCCCUUGUUCAAGAAUGGCGAGAAGUUGAACUACGCGGGAUUCCUUAUGGUGCUGAGAAGACAAAAAUAAGCCCUCCACCCUCACAGUACAUGGAAACCUAACUGAUAAUGGAAUUUUGAGAUUCAUCCACUUUGAACGCCAUAUGUAGAGGUAAUGGCUAGUUGCCAUUGUUACAGGAAAACUUAUUUUGGGGGAGUUUAUGUCUCACUAAUUUUCCCAUAUGUAAAUUAGCUUUUUUUGUAUUUUUUAUUUUACUCAGCA